CUAGCGUUUUCUCACGUACGCUCUGUGUCAAGAUAUUGAUUGAUUUUAGUAGAGAUCGCCCUGUGCUACCCAGCCUUGUUCUCGGCACAAUGGACGCAUGAUAUACAAAAGGCCUCCGCUGUUCCCUCGAUUCUCAAGUAGGCAUAGCUUGGCGUAAGGUCUUCUUCCGAGUCCAAAGGUUCAGUUCUCUAUCUCGUGCCGGUCACAGACUCUACCAUUCAUACUUUCCUUCAUUUUAUACUCUCCUUCAUUUGUACGAGCUGUGCUCGACUGUCCGCUCCUUUGAAAGUGAGCGUUGUUCCUUUUGCAUUUUCUCUUCAUUACGCUCUCUUUCGGUCACGAUGAAGGGACUUCUCCCUCUCACGACACUUCUCUACGUAUCUUUCGUAGCAGCCAACCCGCUGCCAGGCGACCAUGGCCGCAUCGCCGAUCUACAAUCUCGAGGACAGCCCUUAAAGCAGAUUAGGGACCAACCCAAUAUAGCCCGCCGAUCCACUGGCCUCGCCUUCGCCAAACGCGGCCGGAAUACUAAGGAUGCCGAAGAUUCUGCCGAUGCUGCCACCGAGGAAGCCGCUAUUGCAGCAUUAGAGGGCAAUCAAGCAGAUCCUGAAGCCGCUGCCGCUCCGGCAUGCGCUGCGGCCCCAGCCGAUGCCACCGCCGAUGCCACCGCCGCCGCAGCCAACGAUCCCGCCGUUAUAUCACCUGCCGCCCCGGAAGGUGCCGUUAACAGGGCAGAGGUCCACAAACCUGGCGCUCAAGCCGGUGUCGCUCCUGCAAAAGUUGUUAUCCCGGCCAACGGUGCCGAAGAUGCUGCCGAUGUAGCCGCCGAGGAAGCCGCUAUUGCAGCAUUGGAGAGCCAUGAAGCAAAUACCCAAGCCGGUGCCGCUCCGACAAUCGUUGCAACCCCAGCCGAUAUCACCGGCGUCGCAGCCAAAGACCCCGCCGUUACAUCACCUGCCGCCGCGGAAGAUGCCAUUGGCGGGGCUGGGAUCCACGAAGCUGGCGCUCAAGCCGGCGUCGCUCCUGCAGACAUUGCUGCCCCCGCCAACGGCGCCGACAUUGCGGGUAACGACACAGCCGUUGCAGCCCCAGACGCUGCAGGCAAUGACACUGCUGUUGCAGCCCCGGCCGCUGCAGGAAAUGACACUUCUGUUGCAGACCCAGCCGCUGCAGGAAAUGAUACUGCUGUUGCAGACCCAGCCGCUGCAGGAAAUGAUACUGCUGUUGCAGACCCAGCCGCUGCAGGAAAUGAUACUGCUGUUGCAGACCCAGCCGCUGCAGGAAAUGAUACUGCUGUUGCAGCACCGGCCGCUGCAGGCAACGACACCGCUGUCCCUGGAGGUAACGGCAAGGGAAACGGGAAAGGGAGAACUAAGGGAAAGGGGAAUGAGAAGGGCAAUACGGGUAAAGGAAAUGGAGGGAAUGGGAAUGGGAAUGGGAAUGCUGCUAAGGGCAAAGGCAAAGCUGCUGCGGCUACGGGAGCAGAUGCCGGUGGCGACGGAAAUGGUAUCCAACGGCUAACUGCGAUAGCGCAGAGUCUUGGGAUUCUGAAGCGGGAUCCGGAGCCGGAACCGCAGCUUACCGAGAUUCUUGGCCAGAUCUUGGGGAAGGGGAAAGGCAACAGUGCGAAGGGCAAUGGGAAGAAUGCGGGAAAGGGUAAAGGCAAGAAUGCGGCUCAGAACGUGGGAAAGCAGGCGAAGGGGAAGAAGGCUACAGCCAAGAACGGGAAAGGCAAAGCUGCAGUUGCUUGUACUGCUGCCGCACCAGCUGGAACUGGUGCUGCCGUGGCAGCUCAAGCCACUGGCGGAGCUGCUGCUGCGGAGAAUGCGACUGUCGCGGAUACUAGCUUCCGUCGACGCGAUCGUCGUGUCCGACGAGCAAUGGAACCCCGAGAUUAGAGGAAUUGGACGUAAAAAUAGGGGUUGGUUGUAAAGGUAUAACGUUGUUCGGUGCAUAGGAAGCCAGUAUGACCUACCGGCAGCCCUUGGUCGGAGUCUUUUCCUACUUUAUGUCAUCUCCUGCGGUAUAAAUUCAACUUGACACGACUAUCAGAAUAUAUAGAGG